AUGCUUCCCAAAGUGGUGACCAAUGUGCUGAUCGAUGUGCUGACCAACAUGGUGACCAAGGUGCUGACCAAAGUGCUGACCAAGGUGCUGACCAAAGUGCUGACCAAACACCUGACCAAUGUCAUGACCAAAGUGGUGACCAAACACCUGACCAAUGCCAUGACCAACGUGCUGACCAAAGUGUGA